AAGGAGUGGGGGGAGCAUCACUGAUCCCUUGGUUAAGAUCUCUUUGGCUCACACAGUAGUAAAUAUCGUCGGGAGAAGACGGCAGAACGCGAAAAAGAGCAAGAUUUGAGCUUGCGAUAGAAGGAUUUUCUGUGAUCGAAAUAGUAAAAGAAGAGAACUGUUUGCAGAAGCAGAAACGUAGGCAAGCAAGUUUUGUUUUUAAUUUCGAAGUUUGAAAUCGAAAAAGGAAGAUCAAUGAGAUUUUAGUGUGUUGUUUUAUCAUCGUGGAAAAAAAAAGAACCAAAAAUAUAUAUAUAUAUAUAAAUAAAAAAAAUAAAAAAAAAAAAAAAAAAAAAAAAAAACAAAAAAAAAAAAUUUAAAAAAAGAAGAAGACUUGACAUACUUUUUUUUCCGACGUAUUAAACAUUUGGGACGGACGCGUAUAUCAGCGGACAAUUACGAGUAACGUCGUUGUCCGUCGCUUUAAAACGCCUUUAAAAGGUUAAAAAGGUGAAAAUACAGCGAUAGACGUACGUAAUUAACCCGCUAGGCAACGAUUUUGUCCUACAUCUAUAUCUCAUCGUGAUAUCUUUCGAGAGAUACGCGAAUUAUUUUGUCGUUGAGGAAUAAAAGGAAAAGGAAGUGGAGAAUAAGAAGAAGAAGAAAAAUCCUGUUUAACUUUGACGAAUAAAGUGCAUUGGGGAAAAAAAAAAGAGAAAAAAAAAAAAAAACCAUUGUCGACUAGGAUUACUAAAAUCUCGUUGUCGGUUUUGUUGGGAAGGUUUCAUUUCUGCGACGUUGUCUGUCUGUCUGGCUGUGCGUGUUUCGCGAAAACAAACAAGUCGCGUUCGCCAUUUUGCGCUUCUCCAGCUGCGAUUCGUGGAAGUGGAAGUGGAAGUGGAAGUGGGAGUAAAGUAGGAGGAAUAGGUGGAGAGGAGAGAAAGAAGAGAGUUAGCACAAGAGAGAAGAGAAAAUAAUAAAUAUUCCCUUGUGUUAUUUUGGUUGUUUCAUUGAGAGGGGUGGAUAAAGGAGAUCGAAAAGUUUAGUGGUUGAAAAGGUGACCGACGGUCACCGAAUGUGGCCAAAUUCGCAAAGAACGCGAAAAGGGAGGACCGCGAAGGAACUCGAAACAACCAGGCCGAGGUAGCAUAAAGUUAAACGGAAACUUCCCAGGGUGCCCCACUACAAGCAUCACCAACUACCGCACACUACUACUACUACUACUACUACACUAUAAUAAUAAUAAUACUAUUUACUACACUAGCAUUAAACGUCAGCUAUACGUACUAGAUCCACCACACAUCGUCACGUUUGUUACGCCGCGCGUUUACCCCGACCGAUCCUCCUUACCCCCUUUGCCCUGGAUACAAAGUUAUUGCGCAGUUAGAAAAAUCACUGGACACAGACGCUACAGAAGAGGAAGAGAGGAGAAAUAAAUACACUAGCACGACUGCUGCCUGCCUGCGUUUGUUGCUUGCUUGCUUUUAUUUACUUGCUUUCACCUCGGAUGGAGAAGCGUCCCGCGAUAAACUAGAAACGACGGGUCCAGAGAAAGUAUUAAAGAGAGAGAGAGAGAGAGAAAGAACGAACGAACGAAAGAAAGAGAGAGAGCGAGAGAGAAAGAAAGAGAGUGUGAGAAGAGGAUAUAAAAAAAAGAAGUUUAUCAUCUUGUCUGGUCAACAUCUACUAUCAAAACCAUGACAAAUUCAGGACCAAAACUGAACAACAAGCUCGAGCGUCAGGGUUCCCCUAACACGGGUGGAAAGAAGCAUUAUCGUUCUAAUCCAAUGAAAUCAUCACCGUUCCAUUAUAACACCGGUGGACGUUUUGGUAAAAAUGGUACGAACAACAACAGCAGCUGCAGCACGGGUAGACUUAGUUGCAGUCCAAUCUGUACUGGAAAAAGUUCGAGAAAUUCGCCGUUGCGACAUGACAGUAGCAGUCAAAGGGGUAGUCCGACCAACAACUUUUACGCUGGUGCCAAGUUUUCGGAACCUCCAUCACCGGCCAGUCUUCCUAAACCACCCAGUCAUUGGACCAAAAACACUCUCAUGACUAGUUGCCAGGAAUCUGAAAGGCGACUACAAUCAGCAUCGUCAAAUCAUCUGAAGAUGAUAUUAAACGUCCAAGCCUGAUAUCCAAAGAUCCAUGGACCGCCGGAGACGGUCGUCGUCUAUCGCGGCUCCCAGCGGGAGAGGCAGCUAA